GGGGACGUCAGCACGUCGACGCGGGGGGUUUGUCUGGAGUCACACUAACGCCGCUCCGGUGUUCCUGAGCCUGUGUUCGGUCUGUCCCGGGGCGGCGGGCGGACACGGUUAGGGGCCGGACCCUGCGAUCCGUCCCGGUCACCGCCCUCCCGGCCUGCCCUUUGUCUAGUCCAUCCUAGGGGAGCGUGAGGACGUGGGGCCUCUGAGCCGGGCCCGGUAGCUUGGGGCCCAUCCUGUCCCGAGACUCGGAUGGGAGGUGGCGGGAGGAGAGACCUGGGAUGUUCAAUCUGAUGGCCAACUGCUGCAACUUGUUCAAGCGGUGGCGGGAGCCUGUCAGAAAGGUGACACUUGUGAUGGUCGGACUUGAUAAUGCUGGUAAAACAGCCACAGCAAAGGGAAUCCAAGGAGAGCAUCCUGAAGACGUGGCUCCCACUGUUGGAUUUUCUAAAAUUGAUCUGAGACAAGGAAAGUUUGAAGUUACCAUCUUUGACUUAGGAGGUGGAAAAAGAAUUCGGGGAAUUUGGAAGAAUUAUUAUGCUGAAUCCUAUGGGGUAAUAUUUGUUGUGGAUUCCAGUGAUGAAGACAGAAUGGAAGAAACGAAGGAGACAAUGUCAGAAGUGCUAAGACACCCUCGGAUAUCAGGAAAGCCUAUAUUGGUGUUGGCAAAUAAACAAGACAAGGAGGGGGCUUUAGGAGAAGCUGAUGUGAUUGAGUGUCUGUCUCUGGAAAAGCUGGUCAAUGAGCACAAGUGCCUGUGUCAGAUAGAACCUUGUUCAGCAGUCUUGGGAUAUGGAAAGAAAAUCGACAAGUCCAUUAAAAAGGGGCUUUAUUGGCUACUGCAUAUCAUUGCAAAAGAUUUUGAUGCCUUAAGUGAACGCAUCCAGAAAGACACAACUGAACAGCGAGCUCUUGAGGAACAAGAGAAAUGUGAGAGGGCUGAAAGAGUAAGGAAGUUACGAGAAGAAAGAGAACAAGAACAGACGGAACUUGAUGGGACCAGUGGUCUGGCAGAGAUGGACUCAGGACCAGUUCUUACAAAUCCUUUCCAACCCAUAGCAGCUGUCAUCAUUGAGAAUGAAAAGAAACAGGAAAAAGAGAAAAAGAAGAAGACUGCGGAGAAGGACAGUGAUGUUGGCCACCCAGAACAUAAAGGGGAACAGGAGGGAGCAGAGUCGCAGAAUGAGGCAGGUGGCUGCCUCAGGAACCCUCACAGGGAUGUGGUAAAUAGUUACAAGGAGGCACUGUCACAGCAACUGGACAACGAGGAUGAGCUAGACCAACGAGUGUCAGAACCAGGUGAUAACAGUAAGAAGAAAACCAAGAAAUUAAGAAUGAAAAGGAGUCAUCGGGUAGAACCAGUCAAUACAGACGAGUCUGCUCCUAAGAGUCCCACGCCGCCCCCACCUCCCCCUCCUGUUGGCUGGGGAACCCCCAAAGUCACUAGACUUCCAAAACUUGAGCCUCUUGGUGAAACACGUCAUAAUGGUAAUGCAAAAGGAUCAGUUUUCAAGUAUCAUCUGUGCAUACUACAUCCACUUUUCUUUAUCUUGUAUCUUCAAGUUUUCAGGAUUUUCUUUUUGGUAGCUUUCAGAUCCACUAUCAUCUUUUCCAUUAUACUUUUCACUUUCAUUUUACCUUAUUUUUUAAUUUUUAAAUGUACCUUACACCUAUAUAAUUUGAUUUUUUUAUCUCAGUAUAAAUAUAUGAAGACUCAUUCUUGUGUUUAUUCAUGAUAAUCUUUUAUUGAACCAAUUAUGAGAAAAGUUUUCCAGCAAUUGUGGUUUUACUUACUAUGAUACAAAACUUGUCCAGCCAUGUCUAUGUUGAGUACGCUAUGAUAAGGAACAUAAUUGCUUUCUUUGCUCAUUACACAAUGUCCAGUUACCAACCAUUAAAAUGAAGUCUAGAUCAACACAAUGUAUAAAAUGAGAGACCAAAUUAAUAAACCAAAUAAAAUUAGGCUAAACAGAAAUUCUCGCGAAGGCUUUAUUGAAUCUAUUAAACACUCUUGAUGAAAUUGUUGUAGCUGUAAUCCAUUCAGUGCAUUGCAUUAGAACCCCAAGAAGUAUAGCCUAGGAAAAGAUAGGACUCACAGGCGGUGUUAUUUCUGACUGGAAAUAGAAGUUUGUAUAUUGUACCUAGAGUACAAAAGAGUAAGUCUAAUUGUAGGUUAAGAGCAUCCAGUAAGCUCCAUCUGCUAACUUAAUAGAACUUUGUUUUCUAAAGAAGAUCACUUAGUAGAAAAAGACAUUCAAUGCUUAGAAAAAGUAUUGCCAAAAUCUCUACCCCAUGUCAAACUGAAACAUACUGUUCAAAAGUAUUCAAGCCUACUUAUUGCUUUCCUUAUUAGAACACUGUGCAGGUUUCUACUUAAUCAUUAGUGGAUAUUAGGAGAUGUGUAUUUGUAGAUGAGUUUCUUCUUAGCCUGUGUGACAGUACUGAUUUUUACAUUGUAAUAUUUUUAUUGAUGGGAAGUUAGGUCCUAUUUUAUUAGAUAACCUGGCUUUAGUCAUAUUAAAAUAUACUAUUAAUAUACCUUUUUGGUAUUAUAAAAUAGUAUUAAGAGUUUUUAAUCUAUAUGUAUAUAUAUAUUCAUAUAUAGUAAAAUAAUUUCUCACAAUAUUUUUUCUUAUUAAAUUCAGUUUUUAAGCACCAUUCUUAGUCAUGAUUCCCAAUGCUAUGACACGAUACCAGACAAAACAGCUGACUAGAAGAAAAUGUAGUUCAGUUCAUGGCUACUGGAGGAUUUUUUUCUCAUGGGAGGCAAGCCAUAGCAGAAUGACUCAGUCUGGAGUAGAGAGCUGGCAGUGGCUACUUGAUGACAUGACAGCAGACACUGAACAGAGGGGACUCGAUCCAGAACUAGAGCAGGGGUGGCCUUCAGAAGCUGUCCCUUAUCACCUGUUCCAUCUCCUGAUGGUGCUAAAACAGUGUCACUGGCAGGAGUCCAUGGACCCAGACACAUAGGGACAGUUCUGAAUGAAAAUGUGACCCGCUACUUCUGGACCUGCUAGUUCAUGUCCAUCUCAGUGUAGAUACACUUACUCUAAAUUGAACAGUCCAUGUAGUCUGACCAGUCCCCCAAAGUUCAGAGUUUCUUCUGAAAUACAGGACAGUCUCUUAGUUGUGAGCCAUCUAAAAUAAAAAAGAAAGUUAUGUACUUGGGAGUAUAAAAUGGCAGAGAAUAAACAUUCCUUUCCCAGAUGGAUCUGAAGCAAGACCAAAGCCUAGUAGGGCAAAUAUGAAAUCCUGCAGGUAUGUGUACACCAUUCAGAGUACACAGUGGUAUCAUGUCAGCUCCACUCGUUUUAUUCUGCCCUGCACCCAUGGCUUCGCCAUUUGCACCAAGUAUAGCCUUUCUCUUGAGGUAGGUCCCCAGUGCUUGCAGUGUUCUUCGACAGACAUCCUAUGUUUUGGCAUUUCCAGGGUAUCAGCCUAGGUUUUGCCUUUGUGGCUUUGUGUUCCACACUGUCAGAAAAUCUGCCACUGCUAAAUAUGCCCUUGCCUCAGGCUGCUCUGCACUUCCACAGAGCCUUCAAUGAUCUUGUGACUCUUGUACUCUUUAUGCCUGCAAUCCUUCACCACAAGGAUAGUGACAAGUUCUGAAGACAGUUCUGAACUUUUAUAGACUAUGACUGUAGCACUCUGAGUGUCUCUGCCUUGCUACAAAAUGUUUCUCUAGGAGGCAUUUUACUGUAGGUCACCUUUUCUGUUCUCUCUUUGUAAAUGAAAGUCUUUCAAGUGAGUUUGUACUUUUACAUUCUAGGACCUUCUCUGUAGCUAUUGGCUCCAGUUUACCCUUUCUAUUAUUACAGUGCAUUGUAUGAAGUGUGUAGCUUCUCUUUCAUAGUCCUAAUUCCUUUAGCAGUCAGGCCUACAGUGUGUGCACUUGCUCUGUGUUAAAAGCACUCCUUUUCCUUUCUAGAUCAAACUGCUGCUUCUGUCUUUCUGUCCCACUCUGUGCUCUCUGCUCUUCUCUAAACUGGCUGGAAGAAUCUAACAAUAACCAUUUCCUAGUUUGAAUGUUAAACACCAAAUGCAGUAGUUUAUUACUUAUGAAUUCAGGAUAAAGAGGACAUGGUCAGAUUCUUUGCAUAAUGUGGAACAAAUGGCCUGUUAUGCAAUUCCAGUAGAGUGCUUGUUUCUUCUGAGCCCCAUGCCCAGUGAUGGAACACAUCAUUGUCUUAUUAUUCCACUGUUUUUCUCAUCCUGCUGAUGACUGGCAGAAUUUCCAUUGAUCUGUAUUUAGCAUUCUAAGGUUUCUUUAGCCAGAAGAUCCAAACUCUUUUGCGUCAAUCCUAAAAACUAGAUGUAAAGGUCUAAGAACUAGAUAACCAUAUUCAUCACAGCAAGGACUCCAUUUCUCUGUUACUAAUUUUCUAUAUGUUCCAGAGCCUUCAAAACGGCAGCACCACUAGUUCCCAGUUAAUACAUUAAAACAUAUGAGCUGGGGCAGGGCAGUUGUCAUUUCAAACCUAAACAAUAGCAGUGCACAUUCAUAUCUGACAUUGGCUAAAAUUUCUAUGUCAAGAUGAAUAAGACAUGCAUUUUACAAGAAAAAAAUAGUCCCCCAAUAUACUGUAGGAUCUAGGAUGGUCAGUUCUUUAGUACAGAAUUAGAGUUAACAUUCAGACACUCUGUGGGCAGUAAUGGAAAGUGGCAUAAGAGCUGGGAAUUCAAAGAAUAAGAAGGGCAAGGAGAAACAGGAUUCAGAAGUAAGUAUGCCUAUAAUCCUAGCACCAUUGAAGGCUGAGGCAGGAGGGUUGGGAGUUCCAGGUCAGCUUAAGCUACAUGAGAGCCUAUCUAAAGAAGAGAGACCAGAACAACAAAACGGAGAUAGAAAAGAACAAUAGUUUGCUUGAAAAUGGUUUGUUUUGAAAAUGGUUUGUUUGAAAAUGAAAAUAGUUUGUUUGAAAGCUAUAUAAUGGGUAAGAAGGGAUAUUUUAAAUGAUAGAAAACAUUGAAAAUGGACUUCUGGCCUUUGUCUAAAUACUGAAGGCCUUACAUAUUCUUGAAAUAUUAAGGCUUACUAUUAGUAAAUUUUAAAGAGCUAGUAUUUAUUUAAUACAUGGGCAAAAUGUUACUUUGAUGUACUUUAUUAAAAAAAUUCCUUUAUGUGUCUGAGCGUUUGCCUGCAGGUAUGUCUGUGUACCAUGUGUGUGCAUGUGGUAGUAAGAAAAGGGCAUCAGAUCCCCUAGAAUUUCAGUUAUAGAUGUUUGUUGUGAGUCAUCUAUGGUUGCUAGGGAAUGAACCCCAGUCCUUUGGAAGAGCAGCAGUGAUCUGAGCCUCAGAGGCAUCUACCCAACCCCUCUUCUUUUUAUUGACUUUGAACACAUUUCUGUUCCCAUUAUCUAUAGAAGUAUGUGCCCAGAAUCUGAUGACAGAUACACAGUAGCUAUGUGAUAUGUGAUGAGCUAAUGAAUAAUUAAAACCAAGUGCACAUAGGCUGUGAAUUCAACUGUACUGACCUGAUUGAAAGCAGCUUGAGGGAGACUCUAAUUUUGAUUUUAGUCAUCUGCUUUGGUAAGAACUUGAUUGUUUCUAUAUCACUUUGAUACUUACAAAGCUUUCUUUGUGUAACAGGUAGGACGGAGGCAUUCAAACACAUUAAAUGAGAAUCUGUGUUUUGUAAACACUUUCAAUCUAUAUUUCAUCAGUGUUGUAUAUACCACAUUAUGAAAAAUGAAUCAGAAUUUCUGGUGGUCAAAAAUAUCAGCUAUUACAAGUUAAAGAAUAUUGUCAAGCUUUAGAUUCUGAAGGAUAAUAAAAAUUUGUAUAUCCUUUUACUACUGCUCUCCAAAUUUCAUUGUAAAAAUGUUUGAUAACUGUUGCAGUAAAAUUAUAAAAAGUGCUGUCUUUUACCCUGCAUUAGAUUUGGCACCGUAGUGCCCCAAGAUAUCUAGUAGAUAUCUUCAUCUCAGUCAGCAAAGCCUCUCGCCUGCUUUUCUCCAUCCCAUAUCACACUGCUGAUGGCUUCUCUCUGAGUCUGGCAGCAAUCUCUCUACUCACCCAGUUCCCAGGGCAGGUUACCACCAUGCUAGACAUAUGCAUGACUCCAGCCACCACACACUGUCUUGAACUCAAUUAAAUCGCCACAUGAAAGAACACACAACACAAUAACCUCAGAUCUAAUUGAUAAGAUAUAAUUGCCCACCUAGACAUACAAAGCCCUGUACACAUCCAUCCCUGAAGAACAUUCAUAACAACCUGUAAAUGUGCAGAGAAGAAUCUUAACAUCCGCCUCCAUGUUCUCUCCACUGCUUCUCCCUCACUCCAGUCUCCUGCUCCUUCUAAAACUUUUCUCCCAUCCAUCCUUCCUUCUUGUCCAAUGACAGGCCUUAUUCUAUCUUUAUCUGCCUUCACCUGUGUAGUUAUCAUCCUACAGAUAACCACUAUGAAAAGUUUAGGCAAUUAAAAUCCUCUGUCAUAUAGAAUGAUUCUGAUUUUUGUAAACAACUGAUACAAAGCCCACUACAAAAGAUAGUAAUUUUUCAGAAAAAAAAAGUCAUGCUAUGUAUAUGCAUUUGGUCUUUUAAUAAAAAUAUUUCUAAAUUCACUAAAAUAAUUGGACACACCUUAUAGUUUUGAGUGUAACAAUAGUAACUGUAAGAGGAACCUACCAUUGUGCUUGUACUAUGAGCAGCAAAAUCACAUUAGGCAGGAGCUGAAGCUUUUGUGCCACUAAGCUGCAGAAUCAAGAUUUGAACUUUGGUCUGCCUGUAGUCUUGAAAUGUGUACCUUAAGCUGUUAGGAUUAUACUAUUACAUUCAUAGUGGUUUAGGGAUCUUAGCAGUUGAAUUUUUGUUUGGAAUUUACAAUUGCCUUGAAAAUAAUCCCCCAUUGUGGUUUCUAAUAUAUUUCUUUUAAAUGUUCUUGAACACUUGUGCUUCUAAAAUAAUUUGAAGGUAAUAUACUAGAAAAUAAUUUAUGAUAACUUAAAUAUGGCAUUAGGUUUUUAAUCUAAUUUGUGGCAAAGUAACAGAUAGAGAUUUGAGCCCAAGAGUUGUCGUAGCUCAUUACAUUGUGCUGCCAAGCCCAAAGAUUGGAGUUUGAUCCCCAGGUCCAAUACAGUUGAAGGAGAGAACCAAUUCCCAUAAGUUGUUCAUACACAAACAUCAAAAUAAACAACUGUAAUAUUUCUGAAAGAAUAUAAAUUAUUGUAAAUGGAAGCAGAGUGCCUGGGAAUAUCUCUGCAUAAGGAGUGCUUACCUAGUAUACACAGGGCUCUGGAUUCAUUUCCCAAUAUUGCACAUACUCAAAAGGAAAGAUCAUUUUAUCCAAUAUAGUUACCAAACCACAGAAUUGUUAGAAGCAUUAGGUAUACUUCCAGUCUGCUUCUCCUAAAAUAUGUAGACGUAGUGACCACUAGAAAGAAUCCUGGUGUAUAUAAGUAGUGACAACUGAGGGCUUAGCAGCAGACAGUGUAGAUUCUCAGUGUUUUUAUAUUUGUUUUCUAAUGUGAAUGUGUAGUACAACUAUGUCUGUUUGGUACAACAUUUUACCUGUCAUUUAGAAUUUACUCUGGUUAUGUUUUGAAUUCAUUCUAAUGUUCUUGGAUUUAGUUUCUUCCUGUUUUCUGCCUUCCCCAUCUAUCCACUCAUUUGAGAAUUGCCUGCAUCUCAAACUUUUAAAGAUGAUGGAUGGAAAACAAUUAGCAGUGAAAUACCUGAGUACCAUACUGUUUCACAUGUUUCAUUUUCCCUCUUUGUAUAGAUUUCUAUGGGAAGCCGCUGCCUCCCCUGGCUGUGCGACAAAGACCUAAUGGUGAUGCUCAGGACAUGAUCUCAUAACCAGGUCUGAUGGGUUAGUCUUUUUCAUAUUAGCAAGGUGAACUGAGACCUUUCCCCAAAGCAGAAAAGCCCUGAAUGCUGAUGCCUGGGGCAAGACAACCAUAAUGAUUUCAAGGAUGAAAGAAUACCCAAGAACUUGACCUGAUAAUUUACUUCUCCAUGUUAUAUGGUUAAAGCAGAAAGGAAACAAAAUGACCAGUAGCUGACAAGAGCAUCUGGCCAAGUUAGCUAGUCAUGUUAUUGAUUCUUUGGUUUACACAUCCUGACUUUUGGACAUACUCCUGAAGAAACACCUCAGAAGUUGAGCCAGUGGACUCUACAUACCUGAUUAUUUAAUAAUCUGUAUUUCUAUGCAUUAAACAUGUUUUAUAAGGUACAUGUACAUGAAAGGGGAAUUCCUGGGAAUUUAUAACCUAAAUUUUAACUAUUUUUAUAUUUUUUCUAAACCUUUUGUUUAAGUUUGCUAUUGUAUUGACUACACACUCUCUACAGAUGCUCUGUUUAAACUGUCCGGAUAGAAAGUUGAUUUACUGAACACAUAUGAAGUAUACAAGAAGGUAUGCUUUGUGAUAACAUUGUUUCUAAAAUGUACACUCUGUCUUGAUGUAAUUUUAAAAUGUUACUAUUUUAAAAAGCAAAAUAUCUGCUCUUUAAUCUACCAAAUUACAUGAUUUGAAAGUGUUACCCAAAGAGAGGAUUCAGUUGUCAUUUGUUUUCCUUGGUGAUGACCUCAAUAAAUGUUAAGACAUCUGAGAUAUUUUUAAGAAAACAACUAAAUUUGUUAAUUGGUAAAAAAUGUGUCCUGUGAGAUAUGACUCAAAGUCCUGAUAGAGAGCACUAAGGGACAAGGCAUUUCCUGAGCUCAGGGGCCCUCUCCAUGUUCUGUUAGCAGCUUUAUUGACCACUUAGGGUUGUUUCCCUUCGUCCAUGCCUUGAAAUUAAAGUAAGAAGACUUAUAAAGGCUCCUGCAGGUCUAGAGACUUCAGGUUUACAACCAGUAUAGUCAUACGAAUGAAAAUGUUGGCUCAAGUCCUUUCAUAAAGAACUAGUUCUAACAUGACUUUUUAAUUUAGAUGACGACACUUGUUCUGCUCUUGAAUGUCAUUCAUAAGGCUCUCUAUCCAUCUGCCCUUUACCAACCUUGAGAGAUAGUUUGGUAAUGAUUUAUAAUGUAAUAUUCAAUGGAAGGCAUGCUUUAGGUCAAGGUGACAAUAACAAGGAUCAAGUCUCUUAUCCCCCUGUUAAGAUCGGUACCAUAUACCGGCAAUGGAUAUACUCUGCUUCUGAACGUAAAGUCUCCUAAGGCAGACUGAUUUGAUCAUUUGCCUUUUAAAUGUUUAAAUGUAUUGUAUUCACAGUUUAGCUCUUCUGACCUGGACUAGUCGGCUGACAUGAUGCUACUCAUCACUAGUAGAGUUUCUCUGAGUUUGGGCAUGGUACUACCUCUCACACUGAAGGAUAAAAAAAGGUUUAAUUUCUAUGCAAAGCCCAUAUGUAGAAUUAGCAGGUGGCUCAGAUAGCAGAAUCACAAGACAGGAUGUAAAUUCUGAACUGGAUUUUAGAGGAAAAAAUGUUCAUCUUCUUGGUUCAUUUUGUAAUAUUUAAAUUCCCUUUUAAAACUGAACUUAUACUUUUGCUAUCUUUUAAUGUUCAUCUGUUUUGAAGAUAUUCUUGCUUCCUACCAAUGUUUACUGUAAAGUACAAUAAUUACCGACUCUAGUUCAUGAUAACCGUUUUGAAAUUGAAUGUAACAUAAACCAGAAUUGAUGUUUUCUAUGGCACUCCCAAAAAAUUAAUGUUUUCUUAAAGCUGUAUAAAAAAUCCUUUAAAAACUGUUUUGUAAAUCCUGUCAGAUUUUAAUAUUUCAGUGCUUAUUUUGUUAUAUUAUACAUUUUCAUUUUAUUCAUCAUGAAUUAUAACAUUUCACACAAUAAAAUUUAUUUACAAUA